AUGUAUCCCUGGCAUCAAACCCUCAAGGCCUGGGCCAAUGGAACAGGCCUCCGAAUCGAUGCAUUAGGUCUUGUCACCCUCCUAGGUGCCGAAGAAAUGGAUCGCAGCAUCGGAAGACUGAUGCCAAGUGUGUAUUUUGACUAUCUCCCACUACUAGGCGCAUUCAUUGUCUCGGGAGACCGAUUCACAGAAAGGAAACUCGGUUAUGCGCUAUACAAUAUCUCCGCCGGUAUCGUCACAACAGAACUAUCUGGCUGGUUCUCGCGAUGGCUUCGAGCACAAGAAUUUCACAAGAUCCGCAGUAAAGUGACAUGGGAACUUGUGGAUCGACCUCCCAGGAGAAAGGCAUUUUCCGUCCGCUUGUUUCUCAUCAGUGUUCCGCUUUAUGGGAUAAUUCUCGUGCUUUCAAUUUUGGCGGCUGAUUGGUGGGGAUUUGCAAAUGUUAUCGCUAUGAUUAUCUCGGUAUUUGUGAGAUGUGUGCAAGUCGCAGAGAAUCAAGCUGGGAUUGAUGAGAACAUUCGCCUUGCUGAAGACGAAGCGAAUGAGAAACUAGCGAAAUAUGAGCAGGCGAAGAAAACCACGGAGAUGCGUCAAAAUAAUCCGAAUGGUGGGGAUGUUAAAAUGCCGAAUCGCCCAAAGGAUCUUGAUCCUGUCAAGGUAGUCGUGGUGACGGAUGAGUCUAAAGUCCUGACGAUUCAUGCUCCUUCGUUUCUGGUGAAACCUGCUUUCACCGCGAAUCCUCGCAUAUCAAACCCAAGCUUUUAUCUGGCUUGUCGGAUACUUGGUUGGAUUGCCUUUGCGGUCCAUGUUAUCAGUAUUGGUAUGGCAGCGCUGUAUACACAGAUCUGUACUGUGGUAUUGAUUAUUUCUGCGACCGUCCUGACAGCCUACAAAGUUGGCUGUGAGGAUUCGCAGCUCGCGACUUCGAUUCAAAGCAAGCUGCAUCACACAGAAGAGGAAGAUAAGGAGUGGAGUUGCUGGGUCACGUCACGAUUGAAAGCCACGAUCUCCUCAUACCCAGAGGAGUAUUCUGAAUGGGAGCCUGCCAAGCCAGAGCAGGUUAAUUUGAGCCCAAAAGAAGUCGAGCCAAGGCAGAAGGUGACCUCAUGGCCAUGGAGUCAAGACAGAACAGCGACCGACUUGGAGAGCUCAGCGCCGAAAAGAAAGCCACGAGUAAUCCAAGAGAGACGACAAGAUCUAUUCGCUUGGCUGGAUUUGACACCAGAGGAAGACGAACGCAUGGUAGCCUGGCACAUGAUCCCUCAUAGCCAGGAUUGGAAAGACGUGUACCUGGAGAAGAAGGAGAUCCACCGCCGGAGGGUAAGAGCCUCUCAAGCGGUAUCCACGUAA